GCUGUGAAAGGUUGCCCGGCGGUCACAGUGGCACAGCCGCCCCCGCCUCACACCUCAACACCGCCGAUGCCAACGGGAGUGUCCGCUGAGUUUUUGACUCCGCACAAUAUCCGGCGAAUUCAAAUCACAGACGGGAUCCAUCCGGACUACUGUCGGACUCCGGGCCAAGUUCCGUAGUGGAGGAGGGAAGCAAUGUGGUCCCUUCUCUCCACGCUGGCUGUCUUAUGUAUCCAGAUGUUACUGGUGAUGUGCAAUCCAUUACAGCAGGUGUUUGGUGUGGAUGGGGUAAACUUCAGCGUGCAUGUGGAGAAUCAGACGCAGGUGCGGGACACCAUGAGCCGACGGCAUCACCGGGUCUACCAGCUCUACAGCCGCACCAGCGGCAAACACGUCCAGGUACUGGGCCGUCGGAUCAGCGCCCGCGGAGAAGAUGGAGACAAAUAUGCCCAGCUUGUAGUGGAGGCCGAUACCUUUGGUAGCCAGGUGAGAAUCCGGGGUAAAGAAACCAACUUCUACCUGUGCAUGAACCGCCGCGGCAAGCUUGUGGGAAAGAAGGCCAGUAAUCGUAGCGCUGACUGCGUCUUCGUGGAGAAGGUUCUGGAAAACCACUACACAGCCCUGAUGUCAGCUCGCUAUGCCGACUGGUAUGUGGGCUUCACUAAACGAGGGCGUCCCCGCCGUGGCCCGCACACGCUCCCCAACCAGCAGGAUGUUCACUUCAUGAAGCGCUUCCCGCCUGGGGAGCAGCCUGACUUAACCACACCCUUCCGUUUCACCACGGUGAGCAAGCGGAGCAAGAGGGUGCGUGCCUCUGGGCCUCGCUAGUAGCAGCUAAUGCUAACGCCCACCACCCUGUUUUCCAAAACCUUGACCCAAGCCAGCUAAUGGCUAACCCACUCCUCUCUGCUGUUGCACCCCAUUGAACACCUCCGUUUGCUGGAAUAACAAACACAGACCAACUUUCAGAAAAUCGAUGAAUCAUUUACGGAGUUAAACUUUACAGCACCUAAUCUGCUCCCUACACAGUAAUAACCAUUCCAGAAGAUCUUUUUCCACUCAAAAGGACAAUGUCAACUACUACAAGAACCUCCUCAUCAGUUGUAGCUCCAAGGGUGUGGCCAGACUCCCUCCAUUGCCCCAAAAUAUUGACAGGGCCCUUGAAAGGCAGCCAAACUGAGUCCCGUCCUCAUGACUCUACUGAGGCCCAAUGUCCACAACCACAAAAACCACGGGGCCUGUAUGUCUCCUACUCCGGACCAGCUAUUUAACAUUGUUUCGGAUGGGAUUACCGCAACUGGACUAUUCAGAGGGGGAGAGAGAGUGGCUGACUGAACAAGGGAGUGGGUGCUUAGCCUUUGAAUAAAGGGGAGGAUGAAAGAAAAACAGCCAAGGAGGAGACAGGAACAAGGUGGAGCAGACAAAGGAGUGGAAUAAAUUGGACAGAGCGAAACAGUAACAGACUGUUGGCAUGUGACGCACUUCUCUCAGUCUCACUGACUAGUGGGAACCUGUGAGACUUGGGAUGGAUGUAUGGACUGAUGGAUAGAUUGAUGGAUGGAUGACUUACUGAAUGAAUGCUUAUUUGAAAGCGGUAGAGGAUGAGAAAAUCAAUGUGUGUGUGUGUGUGUGUGUGUGUGUGUGUGUGUGUGUGUGU